CUCUCGGCAGGACAGUCGGAGCGCGGACAGGAUUAUAUUUCUACUUUGUUUGCAGUCACAGGAAUACAAGUUGCUAAAAGAUUUGAAAUUCCAACAUUGGAUUUGAAAGUGUAUGAUGACUCAAGGACUGAGGUUGAUGAGGACGUGUUUGAAUUUCUCCUCAAAAAACAAGAUUUGGGUGUACUUGAGAUUUGUUCUCCAAAUGAAGAUGGAUCGAGUUCCCCAAUGAACAGCUCGUUUGCAAGCUACAGUGGAGAUAAUGUUAGUGACUCUGAUGACACAAUCAUACUACAGCGUAGUCCUGCUUCAGUGAAGUACAUUGAAGACUCUCGCCUCUCACAUAUGAUUGAGGCCAUCCUUAAAGACAAACCAGAAGGUGAUCGAGUCCUAAGUGAGUAUGCUCGAACAAAGAACCUGACUGAUAGCAGGAGACUUGAUAUGGUCAACAUCUUGGUUGCACACAUGACAAGUGAACACGGAACAAGGCCUCCGGGCAUGUGAAAGAAGAUUAUGCCAAAGGAAUCAUUAACUUGUUCCCCAAAUUGGCAGAUCCAAAAAGCAAGCUUGGCUAUGAACACUUUUACAGUCCUGAAGGAGGAGAGAACUGGUUUUCUGGCAUGGAGACUGAAGUUUGUUCAGAAAGAAGCAUCAGAUGGCAAAAAAAGGAAGAGCCAGACACCUUCACCUAAAGGAUGGGAUGGUGAUAUAUCAUCCAUUUUGGUUCUUCUCCACCUUUUGCCUCCACCUCCUCAUGGAUGCAAGAGGCCAGGGAAGCUAUCAGCAAGACAGGCAUAUGACCAGCUGGUGAAGUUCCUCAAGACGGGGACCAGCAUCCAAGAUCAUCUGGACAGCGUCAGAGAAAGUCGUCAACCCUACCUGCUGGCCUGUGGCAACACAAAGCACAUGAUCCACAAGUACUACAUUGUGACUGACAAACAUGUGAUUCCAUGUAAGUCAUCGGACUCUCUUGCUGCUUUUGACGAACUUUUUAAAGCUCAUUUUGGAUUUGGCACCUCCUACAAUCAAGAUCUGAUAAAUGUAUACAACUUCUUGCAGACUACCAUUUAUGACAUAGACGUUGGUAGCAGUAAAGUGAGUCCCAGGGUUGCAGAGUUAAGGGCACGUUUUCUUUGAUUUAAUGCACUGAUGCAUUGAUAUUUUUCUUUGUAAAAUGCUAAAGCCAGAGAAUAAGUGUCAGUUAUCUUAAAAAAUACUUUGUUCAGGAAAAACACUUAUAUAUGAUUGGUAAAAGGUUUAUGUGAUUGAUUUAAAUAUGAUUGGUAAAAGGAUCAUGAACAAUUUUCCAGGUUUAGAAAGCAGCUGAAUGCAACGUGAAGGCACAUGAAAAUUGUUCCAAUGUUCUGUUGAAUGCUCCUCUGCAGAAAGUUGUAUGUAUGACAGAUGGGCUAACUGUAGAGAAUGCAAACUCUUUUAAAGCAACUGAUACUGUUAUGUUGAAUAAGACUUGUUUAUUGUCUCAUACUGU